AUGAAGGACUUGAUUGUGGACGCCAAUUUUCCUCGCUCCCUGGACGAACGCGUGUACCAUCUCGGUAUACGUCCAGGGGAGGUCGCUAACCGCAUUAUUACUGUCGGCUCGCCCUCGCGGGCCCAGUCCAUAGCGGCAUGCCUGGACGUCUCGCCUGUGCCGUUCACACUCAGCUCCGAACGUGGCUUCCUGACAAUCACCGGGCGGUACCACGGCGUCCCAGUGUCGAUCGUCAGCAUAGGCAUGGGCCAUCCCAACGCUGAUUUCUUUGUGCGAGAAGUCAGAGAAUGCCUCGACGGUGAUAUGGUUGUGGUCAGGCUGGGCUCCUGCGGGGCGUUAAUUGAUGUCCCGGUGGGCUCGGUGGUCGUCCCAAAGUCGAGCAUAGCCAUCACACGGAACUAUGACUACGAUUUUGCCCGAGGCAGCGCGGGCGAACCGCCGUAUAGAAUCAGUAAACCGGUCGAUGCGGACAGCGACCUGCACACCGCUCUGCAACGCGCCCUGCGCAGGACGCGGCCCGGUGGCCUGGAGGUCCACGUCGUGGACGAUAUCAUGAACGCGUCCGCCGACAGCUUCUACUCUUCGCAAGGAAGGCAGACGUCCUUCCCCGACCACAACGAGAGCCUCCUGGAGCAGGUCAAAGGGACGCACCCGGACCUCGGCUCCCUCGAGGUGCGCGGCGCGGCGUUCUCCCCAGCCGGCGACAGCUAA